AUGGAGUCAACAACUAGUGAUCAUCAUGUAAUCUCAGUUAGGAAUGUUGAUGGGGAGGUUGUUGCUAAUGAGGAGCACAAGAGGUUCAACUGUUCAGUUUCAUCCAUUGUCUCAAAGAAAAUCCACAGCUCUCUUGUCCCAGUUUCUUCCUACCUGAGGGACAAGACCAAAAGUGAGCAUGAUGCCAACAAGGUGAUUCACAGCAUCAAAGUUGGAAUGUCUCUAGUUUUGGUUUCGCUUCUCUACUUCUUAGAUCCUCUUUACGAUCAAGUCGGAGAUAAUGCAAUGUGGGCUAUCAUGACCGUCGUCGUCAUCUUUGAAUUCUAUGCAGGAGCGACACUUGGGAAGGGGUUGAACCGAGGAAUGGGAACCAUAUUAGGAGGUGGCCUGGGCUGCUUAGCUGCAGUUAUAGCCCAGGUCGUUGGUGGGGUUGGCAACUCUAUCAUUAUUGCUGCUUCCGUCUUCAUCUUCGGGGCUGGUGCGACGUAUUUUCGACUGGUUCCGAGCAUAAAGAAGAGGUACGAUUAUGGAGUGAUGAUAUUCAUCCUGACAUUUAAUCUGGUGGUCGUGUCCGGGGUUCGAGCCGAUGAAGUGUUGAAGAUAGCACGGGAUCGUCUCUUAGCCAUCGUCCUGGGUUUCGUUGUCUGCAUUUCUGUCAACUUGUUCGUCUUCCCCUUGUGGGCUAGCGACGAGCUUCAUCACUCUACCGCCUCCAAAUUCCAUGACCUCGCCAAUACUAUUCAAGGCUGCUUGGAGGAAUAUUUCCAGUCGGACAGUGAAAAGGAAAACGCUAAAAUAAAUACUAGUUGCUGCAAAUCGGUGCUGAACUCCAAGUCAAAGGAUGAGUCACUGGCAAAUUUUGCAAAAUGGGAGCCCUGGCACAGAAGAUUUGGAUGUUCAUACCCUUGGGAUAAGUAUUUAAGUAUUGGAGACGUCCUUCGAGACUUAGCUGCAAUUAUUCUUGCUCUGACCAGCUGCCUCCAAUCAUCCAGACAGGCUAAGGAAUGGGAAAAGGAAACACUACUAAAAGAAGCAUGUGAAGGAAUUGGAUCAAGUAUUGCAUGGAGUUUAAGAGAAGUUGGAGAUAGCAUUAAGCAAAAGAGGAAGUUGAAGGCAGAGAGUGAGAUCUUAGCAAAGUUGAAAGCAGUAAGAGGAGAGAUGAGCUCCAUGAUUGGAAGGUACAAGAUGGCAGAAAGUGAGAAUAAUGAUAGUAAUUUGGCAAUUGCGAGCUUAUUAGUGUUGUUAAUGACAGAGACGGUGGACAAGGUAGAAGAAUUGGCAAAAGUAGUGGAUCAACUUGGAGAAAUUGCUGGCUUUUCAUUCUGACGCAUCUAGUACGAGUUAGUGGCACAGAACUAGUAAGCACAAAGACAUGUAUGUGCCAAUUUUGGCCCCCCUGUAUUAGAGAGUCACACGGUGAUGAAAGCCAUCAUAUAUAAUAUUUAUACGUGAGCGAUAAUGAAUAUUUGCACCUCUGCUUAUAGACUUGGGGUGGGUUUAGGUAUAUAUAUGUAACUCUGCAGCUUUAAGGGC